AUGUUUGCAUUUUAUACUUAUUUUACUUAAUAAGCAAUGAUUGAACAAUUGAAAUGCCACUAGGUACUGUUUUAUAAUUAUUUAUGAGUUUAAUAAAAUCUGGUUCUUUGAUAUUUUUUCAACUACUAAUUAUAUUAAUCAUAAAAAUGAAAAAUACAGUCAGGAUUUUAAUUAACUCAGUUAUUAUGUGCGUCGAAUUUUUAGUGUUUCCAGAAUAUUCAGAAGGCAGACUUGUGUUGCCAGUUAUUCGAAGCGAACGUGUUUCCUGUAUUAAAAAGGUAAGUCAAAUGAUUGAUUUUCGUUUGGUUCCCUGUCCAUAUCAUCACACAUUACCAGGUUAACAAAGAUGAAGUCAUCUUUUGGCUCAUUAGAGUUAAGAAAGUACCAGUAUUUUUAUAAAGAAACUAAGUAGGUGCUAGCUUCUGAAGUACGUUUGUAUCAUUGAAUUUAUAGGAGGAUCUUGCUAGUAAAUUAAAUAAUCACAAAUCGUGGGUUUUCAAUGCUCUAAACGUCUAUACGAGUAAUAUGAAAAAUGGUUUUAAUGUUCAAAUAGGGUGUACGAACGUAUAGAACUAAUAUUCAACUAGGAACCAUAUUCAAUUAAAUGGAUGUAGAGAAAGACUGGUAUUUGGCAAUGACAAUCUCAAAUAGAUCACAACAGCAAUGCUUCUUUAAUAUGAAGGAUUUUUGGUAGGUAUUCGUAACUCGUACUCGUUUUCUUAACCUCCUUUGAACUAGGAUUAGGAAACUAGGAUAUCCUAUUUUAAAACUUUUCUUGACACUUCAUGUAUUCGUUAAUUGCGUUUAUAAAUUCAGAUAGUACCUAACCGCUCAACAAGCUAGACGUGUUUUUAGAACGACGACGAUUUAUAUUUAAUUAAGUGUUCAGUUAAAUUGUGGUUCUAAUUUUAAUUGUAAUAAAUAUUUAUGAUAACGUUCUCUUGGCAGAAUAUUCAAACAACACUUAUAUAGCAUAGCUUUUUUUUCUUAAUUUGGCGCGUAAGUGACUUCAGAAGGUACUAUUCAGCCUAGUUCAUAAAAAAAAAACUCAUGAUAAUUUGUACGGAGACACCUGAAAGAAAUUAUUUUUAUGCUAUUUAAAUAUUAACGGCCUUUUACGAUAAAGUUUUGUUUGAGUUUCGGUAUAUGAUUUUAAUGUUGAUUUUUUCUGUAAUACUGCCGAAAUAAAUUAUAGUACAUUAAAUAAAAAAAUAUCUUCAUUUAUCCGACCCGCACGUUUGAGUGCAGCUAGUGAUAUAGACUUUAAUUUAAAUAUUGUAAAUAAAACCUUUUUUACAUAAAUAUUAAUCUAUAAAUUUUCUCAAUAUUGUUGUUUGAUCAUUUUCACUUGUAAUUAAAAUUAAAUUUCACUAGUGUGCUUAUUAAGAUUUUGUCUUUUCGAUGACAUUAUGUAUUCAAUUUUGUGUUUAAUAUCUAGAACUCAUCUAUGUUAUCUUUAACAUAUGCCAGUACUGAAACAUUAGUCAUCGCUUAGUCUCGUAAGGUGUAAAAAUGAAGUGACAAUUCAGUAUUUUUUGAUUAUUUUGCAAUAACAAAUUGUUAAUAAAGAAAAUUCAAACAUCAUAUGUCUUUAUUUCUUCCUUACACAACGAAAUCGAUUUCAUAACUAAUGUGGAGGGGUUUUCCAUUUUUCAGCAUCCGUGAUAACUCUAGUCAGUGGGAAAUGUUUGGUAAUGUACAAUCGGUACGUGUAUUGCACCCACUGCAAGUUGAAGCUCGGAGACCGAUGGAGAUGUAACCAGUACAUCCUGAAUGGCUGCAAAGCACACCUGGUUUUGGACCAAGCCUUGAAAGUUCUGAAAGCCGUUGAGAUCCACGAUCACGCGCCACCUAUGUACCUCAGAGGGAGAGACGGACUUUACAUGAAGAUUUAAACUUAGAAUUUUAUAUGUUCUAGAAUUAGUUUAAAUUCUGAACAAAACCACAGUUUAACUGAAAUUGAACCCUAAAUGUAGAGGGUAGAAUGCGUUUUUGCAAAGCCUACUCGAUGUUAAACUUUUGAAUUACUUUAUUGGAAACGAUACGGGUGUCAAAGAUAAUUCCAAUUCCGUUGGAUAUUUUUUUUGUAAAUGUUGUACUGAUUUUUACAAAUAAUUACAUAGUUAUUUUGUAGAUUGUCAAUACCAAAGACCAAAACAUGAAUUUAGACGAUUUGUUGUUGAAUAUAAUCCGCUUCGUAAAGUAGACUAUAUUUAAAAUUUCUAGCCAUGAACCAUGAUAUUAUAUAUUACAGUACUUAUUAGACGUCCUAGUCAUUACCUUUAGGAAUAGUUUUAAAUAAUAAAAUACCUUGAUCUCAUUAAAACUCCAAAAGUAUGCAUAUAAUUAGUGUGUGAUGAAAGUGUUACAUUAAAUUCUUGUUUCCAAGAUGUUUAAAAAUAACGGGAACUGUAUUUUUUAAUGCAAGGUAUAAUUAGGGUAAUUAUUUAUUCUAUUUUAAUGAGUAGAAGAGCAAAGCUCAAUCAUUUAUGCCUAUAAACGUUUAACGCCAAAUACUUAGACCGCUUAUUGAAUUUUAUAAAAAUACUAUAGCAUCGUAUAUUAGCAAUACUGAUAUUCAGUGUCGUAGCCAACAUAUUAUGAAAUUAUAUUAUUGAUCUCAAUGUGUAUUUAUGCAAAUAAUAUUAUGUAGAGCAACUUAUCAUCCCAUAUUAGUAGGUACGUAUUAUUUUAAUGUAUUUUAUACAGUAUAAAGGUUUUAUGUAUAAGAGAAGUGCCAAAUAUGCUAUUGCAUAAAAGUACAGAAUAACUUUAAGGGCUCGAUGACUUAGUUAUAUUACUGGGCUGGACCCUAAACAUAAUUUUGACGUGAUAUCUGUGGGCUGAUAUUUAAUAUUGUCGAAUUUUAAGGUACAUUAUAACCUCCUUGGUCAAGACACUGUCUUGUUUUUUCACAUAGCAACUGGCUUGCUCUUAAAUUAAGCGCCUAUUAUGAUGGCAAUCUACGCUCAGACAUGUAUCGCAAUAAUUUUGGUGUUACUGGCGACACAUAGAGUUGUGUUUACUUUAAAGCCAAGAUUUCAAUCAGAAGAAAUCAUGCUUAAGAGUAAAUUUAUAGAACUAGGCGUUCAAAUUUAGUUCGCCAAAAAAAUUUCGGCAAUUGAAAAACUACCGGAUAAUAAAAUGGGACCUAGAAUUAAGGAUCACGUUGAAAGAGUGCAUACGCAUAACAUAUGUAUGAAAAAAACGUCUGUGAUAUAAUGAGCCAAAGAUGCUUCGCAAAGAGCGAAACGUGCAAAGGUAUUCCGCUUAGUUUUAAGAGCUAAUUAUAUUUGAAUGUGUUUAGAAUGUAUUCAGUCCUGAAAAUUUAUAAAAAUACUGGUAUUAUAAAUAGGAUAGUUUAGGUUAGUCCGCGAUAUAUACAUGUGCUUUAUAAAAGUAGUCUUUCCUCGAUAUAGUUUUAAACUAUAACAUGUUACCCAUUCUAUUAAUGUUUCAAAAUAUUCGAAACUAGUAAAUAGAACUGUUGUAAACUUUCAUAUUUAAAAAUAUUGUUUGACGUUACGUCUAUAGAUAUUUAGCAGAUAGUAUGCUAUCAAUAUAUUCUCACUUCUUCGUAUUAUGUCGUAGAUUUUAAACGUUUCUGAAAUAUGCAUACACAGUGUGUAUAAUUUGAUUCCAACGAUGGGUAGGACCAAGAAAUUGGAAUAAAAUAUGAUGAUUGGUAAUUGAUUCAGGUUUUAUGGUAUGUCCGUAUGUGUCAAGCGGUAAGCAUAAGGCAAGUAAUACGUGGCGUUUCUCGACACUUUACUUCCCAGUCUAGAUGGGCUAUAGGGUUAACCUGAAGUUAGGGAGUUCUGUUAUGUUGGAACCCGACACUAGUCUGAAUUGGGGCUUGCCACGAUUUAGAACUAUGCUUGAACGACAGUUAACUUCACUGAUAAUACUGGAUCAUUGCUCGAUGCUCGCUCUUUUCUCAGUUCGAUGAUGCCAUUUCGGUACUGUAUAGAUAACUAAAUCAAAAUAAGAAGCAAAACAAUUUCUGGGGAAAGCCUGUUGGUUUUAUAGUCAUGUUUGUUAUCGCGUGUUCAGUAAGCGUCGCUUGCGAAUUUGCAUGGAGUAUUGGUUUUAUACCGAUGUAUCCUGUUCUUAUGACGCUGUUGCUGAAAAACUUCAAAAUACCAGGUAUUUACUAGCCGCAAGGCUUCCUAGCUAGACUGUAAAACUAGCCCUAGAAUGCCUAUGAAUGUUUGCACGUGCAAACAAAACGCGUCAGCUGCUCCGUGUAUGGACGUGCCCUUAGGUAACAGCGCCCUACAAAGUCAGAUGCUGAAAUUCAAAUCAUUAGCAGAAGGAAACGAAUGUUUGUACUAAUCACUAUUUUUUUAAUAAUUUACAUUUGUAUGACGUUGGUGAUGAUAGUACGGAAGAGCUUAAUAUAUUUCUCAUUUUUAGUAGCAGUAGUUAAUGUUCUCGAUCGAUCCGAAUUGGUUUGAAGUAUACACAUUGUAUAUGUCUGAUAUCCAUACAUUUAACUCGUAAUUUGUACUUUUUAAACCUAUAGUUAUUGUUAACCUCUUAUACCAUUUCACGUAUUUACAAUAAUAUUAAAAAAAUACCAGUACCUAUACUAGAAUCAAGUUUAUUUAUUACUCGAUUUCCAAUAAAUUCUUUUGGAAUGGCGAAAAUAGCAUUUCAUUGUUUUUUAACAAGUAUUAAAUUAUUUUUGAUCCUCAUUUUCCUACUUGCUUGGAGAUCUGUCUAGAAGCAUUUGGAAGCUCUAGAGUCUGUUUAAAAGUAUUUUUUUAUUGUACUGAAAAUUUGGAAUACAGUAUUUCUUGUAUCAGUACAGUAACAAAGGUUUUUCAUUCCAGAACCAUCAGAAUUCAAAUAUAUUAAAACAAACUACGGCAGAAAACUGAUAAUGUACCGGGGACACACCUACUCUAAACUUUUUAGUUUGGGACGGCUGUGCUUCCGCUACCAGUGCCUGAGGAGCGCUUCUAGAAAAUGCGACGCACAUAUCUGUAUUGAUGUAAGCAACAACAACAUAUUGAGGACCAGGGAGGACCACACGCACUCGCCUUGCCGGUACCGAAUUACAGAUAAAGUUGAGUUCUACUUGCGACCGAGCGGCAGGAUCAAUCUCCGUUUAAAUAACUUCACUUUCUACAAGCACCUGAAAGCCAGGAGUAACGCUCAUCGCUGGAGCUGCACAGCCUACGGCUCCAAGUGGAAGUGCAAGGCUCACCUCAUCAUCACAGACCGCCUUGAAGUACUGAAGGCCAACAUCUUCCAUAGCCAUCCUCCUAGCAUGAAGAAAGAUAUGAAACUACCUUUGCCCCAUCUUGGCCUAGCUAAGAAGGAUGACACUGAGUCUCCUACUGCCUCCCUGACUGGUAACCCUGAUGUCAACAAGUAUUACAACAGCUUGACGCCAUUCCAAAAUUAUUUGGCGGCUCACAGCGUUUUUGGUAGUUAUUAAUGAUUUUUGCCAACAGUUACCUACUGAUUUUUGGUUACGUAUAUUGAUAGUUGUCCUUUUUGGACUUUUCAGUUUCCUGCUAAUUAUUAGGUUUACGGCAGCUUGCAUUACUAUUUGUUUUAGAUCGUACAUUUUUAUUAUGUUAUUAUUACUUGAGCGUAGGCUUUACUCAUGAAUAUUCAGUAGUUAGUUUUAUAGCUUAGCUUUGUAUGUAUUCGCAACAUGCAUACGUGUUAGCUAUUUAGAUUUUAAUUUCAUUAUAUACCUAAUAGUUAUAAGAUACGUGUUUUACAUCACGUUGACCAUGUUGAUUGUCAGUUUUGAUCUCGUUUUCAUUGAUGUUAUCUAAAUUCAUGCGUUUUGUUCCUAUUUUAAACAAUCAAUAAUGAUUUUUAUUCAAUCGUUGCACUUUUGUGUCAGUCCAUUCACAGUACUUAUCUGUCAUAGUAAUAAUUAUACAAUGUAGUAACAAGAAAAAUGAUCUCUAUAACAGUGAAUGGAUUAAUGAAAUUUUCUCUAAUAUUGAUUGUUAAAUUAAUCAACUAGUGAAAUAAUAUGUUAUUAAACUUUAGGCAAAUAUAUAAUCGUAGUUUUCUAAACAAAUAUAUAAAUUAGGGUUAAACGACUAUUAUCAUUAAAAAGUGCCUUUUAAUAAACGUGUCUUUAAAAUUUGUAGCAACACCAAUGUUUUUAGGUUUAAUAUUUUGUAGUAAAUUGUGUGAUAUUUUCGUUUGCAUUUCGAUAACGAAUCCAGUAUUAUUAUUGUGAUCGAUCAAGCAUUUUUAUUCAUGUUAGUUGUAAAGUUGAAAUAAUAAGUUUUUAAUUAAAUGUAGGAUUUACGUUUGUAUUCUGAAAAACUAUAUAGGAACGUAUAAUAACCAUUAGAUUUCGGUGUCUAUUUUUAUAAUAAUCCUCAAUAGUAAAAUGUGUCCACAUUAUAGAUCUAUUUUUCAAGUAUCACGUAGCCAAAUAUGCAAGCUUAAUCAACGAAAUGUAUUCUUCUAAUGUUUAAAAAUAGACGAACCACAUAUAUAUACCUUAUCAAUUAGAGUAUAGAGGCUAUAUUAUCUUUGUACUGGCAUUAAAUAAGAAGUGAUAUUUUUUAUAGACGCUUCAUUUAGACUGCUAUUUGUAUAAGCAAUUAUAUAUUUACAUUUUUGAAAUGAAUGUUGUAGUUUAAAAUUAGCAUAUAGCGUUUGCGAUAAAAUGUUCAUGAAUAUUGACUUAGAAUACUACCUUGGAGAACUCCUGUUGUAAAAACAGUUUCAAAAAACUUGUUGAACUUUUUGAACACUAUUACCUAGGUCUAAUUCGUAAGGUCCGAAUAUUUAAGUUUAAAAUGCGUUAUCCAUUAAUCGAACAAUAUUAUGAACAUUAUCAAGUAGUAAGUGAAACAUAUCGAAUGCUUGCUUUAGUUCGUUAGGCGGUUAAAAAUAUUAAUCAUUCAUUCACAUAUUUUAGAAUUUAUAUCCAUUUAGGAAAUAGGUCAACAUAGUUUGUCAAGGCAUAUAUUCAUAUGAUCAAUGUUAGUGGUGAAAAUAAUCAUUGCAUUUUUAUUAAGACUGCAUGCUUAAAGUUUGUGAUAAAAUAUUUGUAUUUUGGAUCUCAUUUUAUUAAUUGAUUUUUGUGAUCAAGACUGUAACCAAAACAAGCACUAUUGUAUACGAUACUAGUUUUUAAACUUACAUCACUAUGAUAUGCUUUCAUUGUAUAGAAAGUAUUGUCAUUUUUCGAAUACGUUAUUUUACGACUAAAGAAAAUUUAUUGUUUUAAGACUUUGAUGUGUACCAACUAUGUUUUAAUUAUAAGUCCAAAUUAUCCAUGUAUUCCUUAAACUAGGGUUUUCAACAUAGUUUGAUUUUAAAUUAACUUGUAAUAUUUGUACUUUUAAUUGGUUUUAUUAAACUUUUGCUCAUUCAUUUGUCAUUAAUUUAAUUCCCAUAUGAUUUAUUUAGCUUACAAUCUAUUUGUACAAGGAAAUAUAUAUUUUUUUAUUUAAUGUAUACGGCGUUGCGCUGGUUUCCUAGAAGGUAAGAGAUUUCAAUUCAACAUUCAAACACAUUUGUGUAUUCAUAACGAAACUUAUGUAGUUAUUGAAUUUCAAAAACUGAAACAUAUUUUAGAAUAUGGCAAAUAAUUAAUGUGAUAACAUUUAAUUUGGUCUACAAUUUAAUUAUUUUUAAGUGGCAGGAAAGAGAUUUCUUUCAAUCAGUCUUAACACAAUUAUCAUUUCUGAAAAAGACGAAAACAAUAAUUCCCCGACGAAACACCUUAAAUCCAAAUGUGUGCGAUUAAUUAAAAACUUAAUGAAAACUAGGAAGACUGAUUGCAAUAACUUAACUAAUUUAGUACUUGUUUCGCGGAGAGCUUGACAAAUAUUCAAGACCCAAGAUUGGAACAAGCGUUCAUGGAUCACACAAAUGCUUGUCACAUCUGCGGAUUUUUCUGAAACACAUUUAGUUUAGGAAAAUAUCUCUAAUUGAUUGUUGUUAUUCAACAGGACAAAUUAUAACACUUAUCAAUGGCAAGCGAGUGUACCUUCAUCAGGGCUACACUUAUUAAAAGAAGUGUUCGGUCGGCGCCGGCGGUAUUAACAGCUCCUGGUCGUGUACCAACUCCUCUCGAUGCAAAUCCUACAUCCAUCUAGACCCUCAACUCUAUAUUAUUCGUAUGCCUCACAUACACAGUCACCCCCCGAGGCUUUUCCGUCAAACACACGCUGGACUUUAUUACAAUGUGCCCCAGGAUUAGUGCGUUUCUUUUGUUUUCAAUCGGUUCCAUUUCUGAGCAUUUGGACAAAUAAAUACUAUCCACGUA